UCAGUGUUGUUGUUGUUCACUUGUUUAAUGUUUAGUUGUUUUAACGCGAUUCGAGCUUAUUGUACACUUCACACGACCACUGUGCAAAUUUUAAAAAGUUACGACUAAACGACGACUUAAUAAUUUUAAAUCGCAUUAGCGACUGAAAGAUCGACGAAUUUUAACGCGAUACGAGUGAUCGUAGUAUUCACUUCCGCCGACGGGAAUAGAUCGUGAGAUCUCUUUUCAUCUCGAUCGUGGUUCUCGCAUCCGACCGGACGUAUUGGCCUAUAAAUAAACACGCACGCAGAACCGAACAUGUCGACCACGACGUUCCGCAAUUUCGCCCGUUCGUUCGGGUCGAAAAUUGAAAAGCCAGUACGUACACAUUUAGUCAAUGUGUAUGCCUGUUUGACAGUAUCUAUGAUAUCAGCAGCAAUUGGGGCUUAUGUACAUGUUUUCACAAACUUUUUAAGUGCUGGAUUAUUUACAACUCUGGGUGCUACUGGAUUACUUUUAGCACUUAUGUACACACAAGAUAAUGGAAAAAAUCGAUCUCUCAGAAUGAGUUAUUUAGUUGGAUUUACUUUCUUCACUGGUCUUGGAAUUGGUCCAGUCUUAGAAUAUGUUAUCCAUGUGGACCCUAGUAUCAUACCAACAGCAUUUUUGGCAUCUACAUUGGUAUUCACAUCAUUCAGCUUGUCUGCCAUUUUUGCCGAACGUGGAAAAUGGCUUUAUCUAGGUGGUACUUUAAUGUCGUUGCUGUCUGUCCUCAUGUGUUUGUCUUUGGCCAAUUUAUUCCUUGGUUCAGAGCUUAUAUUCAAGAGUUAUCUUUACCUUGGACUUGCGCUAAUGAGUGGUUUUGUUUUGUACGAUACUCAGUUAAUUAUGGAAAAAAGAAGAGCAGGAGACAAGGAUUUCAUUGCUCAUUCUAUUGAUCUCUUUGUGGACUUCAUUGGAAUUUUCAGAAGACUGCUAAUCAUUUUAGCACAAAAGGAACAAGGAUCAAAGAAGCGCAAAGACUGAAUGGAAACCUCAUUUUUAAA